AUGGGCGGCCUCUGGCCAUGGGUGCUGGGUCUGCUCUCUUUGCCAGGUUUGAUCCUAGGAGCACCCUCUGCCUGCACUUCCCCAGAAGCCUGUGGAACCAGCUUCUCAGAGGGCCUCAACCCUGAGGAGACCCAGGUGUCCCAGGACAAGGACAUCCCUGCGAUUAACCAAGGGCUCAUCCCAGAGGAAUCCCCUGAGAGCAGCUUCCUCCUGGAGGGGGAUAUCCUUCGGCCAAGUCCCUUCCAGGUGUUCUCAGCGAGCAGCAACAAGUGGCCUAAGAACGGGGGUGUUGUGGAGGUCCCCUUCCUGCUCUCCAGCAAGUAUGAUAAAGCCAGCCGUGAGGUCCUCCUGAGGGCAUUUGCGGAGUUUGAGCGGUUCACGUGCAUCCGGUUUGUUGCCUACCGGGGCCAGAGAGACUUCAUUUCCAUCAUCCCCAUGUCUGGGUGUUUCUCCAGCGUGGGACGCAGUGGAGGGAUGCAGGUGGUGUCCCUAGCACCCACCUGUCUCCAGAAAGGCCCAGGCAUUGUCCUGCAUGAGCUCAUGCAUGUGCUGGGCUUCUGGCAUGAGCACUCACGGGCUGAUCGGGACCACUAUAUUCGUAUCGAUUGGAAUGAGAUCCUCCCAGGCUUUGAAAUCAACUUCAUCAAGUCUCAGAGCAGCAACAUGUUGGUGCCCUAUGACUACUCAUCAGUGCUGCACUAUGGGAGGUUUGCCUUCAGCCGGCGGGGGCUGCCCACCAUCACACCCCUCAGGGCUCCCAGUGUCCAAAUUGGCCAGCGAUGGAAUCUGAGCACCUCGGACAUCACACGGGUCCUCAGGCUUUAUGACUGCAACCCGAGUGGCCAAGGCCCCAGUGGUGGAGGAUUCCAGCCCCACAGCGAUGGUAGGAGCCCUACUCCUGCCCCUAGACCAUCCCUGCAGCGGCUUCUGAAGGCAUUGUUGGCAGAAUCUGGGAACCCCAACGCCAGUGGCCCCAAGGCAGGAGUCCGACAUGUUGCUGCAGAGCCCCGAGAGAGCUCACAUAGCUGGGAGCUCCCUGCACAGAGGAAGGUCGCUAUGGGGGCCUCUGCAAGGCUGCCCCAGACCCCGGCUUCCUCCCUGAACUUCAGGCCUGGAGCAGGUGUUCCUGGUGUUCUAGAGAGGUCCCAAAUGGCCCAAACCCCCUCUGUACCCCCAACUACAUCUCCAGAAGCAGGCCAGCUAGUGCCUAUCCAGGAUGCUUUGGGGAACCCAGAUCUGCCAGAAGCAGGGACCUUGGCCAGUACUGGGGACAGAGAAGGGAUGUGUGCUGUCAUCCACCAGCCUCUCUACUUCUCUGGCUGUGACCGUGCCUUGGGAACCUCCGUGCCCGCAGAGUACGGCGAGGACUACCGACACGCGGGCGGCAGCAGGGGGCGCUCGCAACCCGGCCACGCGCUCUGCAGGCCCGACGGAGUCUGGUCAAGAAAGCGCUUUGGGAAGGGGCUCCGGACAGUCUCCCCGUUCCCUCCUACUCCUUCCACUCGGCUUCCUUCUCGAGCGCCGGGAUCCUUCCCGGAGUCCCGAAGACCCCAGAUGACGGUCUCUCGGACCUCCCGUGGCUCAGAGGCCGGGAAGAAAACGGGUAGGAUAGCCAGGGCGGAGGCCCGCGGCGCGGGGAGGCUGCGGCCGGCGCGGCUCCUGGCUAGAGCCAGCGAGCGGAACCCGCGCCUCGGCCUCUGCGCCGCCUCCCACCAUCGGUGGCGCGACCCCCCGGCCGGCCCGCCGGCCCCGCGUCCCAGCGUAGGUCCAGCAGCCUCAGAGCGGGAGGGCGCAACUUUCCCCCGGUCCCGGGGCGGGGCGGGGACGGCAACGGGACAACUUGGAAAACUUCUCCGGGGGUGA